CUUCCUUUUCAGAAAGAAAUCACACCACCCCAGCCAAAAAACCCUAGCAUUGUAAGCCUACACCCCCGCCGCAAGGAGUGGCAUACGCCGCGUCCGUCGCACGCAAAGUUCGCCAUCCGUCCGUCUAUCUAGCUUCCCUCGUGCUCCAAGUCUUAAACCCUUGUUUGCUGUCACCGAUCGCGGCUGCUUCCUCGAGCUCCGCGUCCGUCGUCUUUGUCUGCUCAGCCGCGCUUCCGUCGCCGUUUGUUUGCCGUUCACGUUAGCGUCUUCGUUCAGCUGUCGUCUUUGUUCGCGUUCUUCGCCGUUCACGUUCGCUCGGCGUUUACUGUUCGCAUUCACUCGCCGUUCACCGUUCGAGUUCGCAUUUGUGUUCGUCUGGAAGCCACGUUGCUCUGCUUCAAACUCUGCGACCAACCCGCGCGCUCCACCUAGCAGUCAAACUGUUCUCUUUUGUCACCGCCUUAGACCGGUUGGACUAGUAAAUCAGUGAAGCAGUGACUAAAGCGGUUUGAUGACCGGUCUGGUUUUCAGAACCUUGGCUAUGAUUGAACCAUCUUAGAGCUUUCCCUCCCAUAACUUGAAUCAUUGAAUGAUUAGCUAUGCUCCAGACCUCCAGUACUGUUCUGUACUCUAUAUUCUGUAUUCUUGGUAGGGGUGUGCAAAAAAAUCCAGAUUUUGGAUUUUAAACUAAAUCCAAACCAAACCAUUAAAAAAAUUCAGUUUUAAAUAAAAAAAAUCCAAACCAAAUUGGAUUGAUUUUAUAGUUUGGUUUUUUAAUCCAAACCAUUUAAACAGUUUUAAAUCUGGAUCCAGAUCCAAAUUUAAAAAAACCCUAAAUCUGAUUUGGUGAACCACAGAACCAGUUCAUAGUUGACACUUUGCACGCACAAAUCCAGUCCUCUUCUCCUUCGGUUCUUCUCCUUCAACCGUGUAGUCUCCGCCGCAGCUGGCACCGGAGCAGGCAACUGGCACCGGCACCGUGUUGUCUCCUUCAACCGUUCAACGGCCUCACCUCUAUUUCUCUUCUUCUGCCUUUGGUCCUCCUUUCUCGUUUGCCAUCGUCAUCCUUUGGUUUCACCGUCACCGACUCGCCGUCACAGGUGCGGGCUUCCGGUUCUUUUGCUUUCCAUUCGCCUCUGCUCGUGCUUAUUGCCUCUGGGUCCCAGGUGUAUGAUAUUCAUAUAAUUAUUGCAUAAGAGGUAUCAACAGCAACCAACCACCAUCAGAACCAGACCGAAGAGAAUGUGGAGGCUCAAGGUUUCCGACGGUGGAAGCCCAUGGCUUCGGACACUUAAUGAUCACAUUGGCCGGCAGAUUUGGGAGUUCGAUCCUAAUCUCGGAUCGCCGGAAGAGCUCGCUCAGAUUGAAGCCACUCGCAAGAGUUUCCGCGAGAAUCGCUUUGAACACAAGCAUAGCGCUGAUCUCCUCAUGCGCAUUCAGUUUGCAAAAGAGAACCCAAUUAGUGAAGUCUUACCCAAAGUUAGAGUAAAAGAUAUUGAAGAUGUUACUGAAGAGACUGUGACAAGAACAUUGAAAAGGGCCAUUACUUUCCAUUCAACCCUCCAGAGUGACGAUGGACACUGGCCUGGAGAUUAUGGAGGUCCCAUGUUUCUUAUGCCUGGCUUGAUAAUUGCUCUUUCUGUCACUAGAGGACUGAAUGCAGUCUUAACAGAAGAACAUAAAAAGGAAAUAUGCCGAUAUCUCUAUAAUCAUCAGAACAAGGAUGGUGGAUGGGGUUUGCAUAUUGAAGGUCCAAGCACCAUGUUUGGCUCUGUCUUAAAUUAUGUUGUUCUGAGAUUGCUUGGUGAGGGACCUAAUGAUGGAGGAGGGGACAUGGAGAAAGCACGUAACUGGAUUCAAUCACAUGGUGGUGCUACUUACAUAACAUCAUGGGGAAAAAUGUGGCUUUCAGUGCUCGGGGCACAUGAAUGGUCAGGAAAUAAUCCCAUGCCCCCUGAGAUAUGGCUACUUCCAUACUUGCUCCCAUUUCAUCCAGGAAGGAUGUGGUGUCAUUGCCGGAUGGUCUAUUUGCCCAUGUCCUACUUAUAUGGCAAGAGGUUUGUUGGUCCAAUCACACCAACAGUGUUAUCUUUGAGAAAAGAGCUCUAUAACACACCAUAUCAUGAUAUAGAUUGGGAUAAAGCUCGCAAUUUGUGUGCUAAGGAAGACUUGUACUAUCCUCAUCCUUUUAUUCAGGAUGUUCUUUGGGCCACUCUACACAAGGUCGUUGAGCCUGUUAUGAUGCAUUGGCCUGGAAACAAGUUGAGAGAAAGGGCUCUAACAACUGUAAUGAAGCAUAUACACUAUGAAGAUGAGAAUACUCGGUAUAUUUGCAUAGGUCCUGUAAACAAGGUGUUGAAUAUGCUCUGCUGUUGGAUAGAAGAUCCAAAUUCAGAGGCCUUCAAGUUGCAUCUUCCAAGGCUUAAUGAUUAUUUGUGGAUUGCUGAAGAUGGCAUGAAAAUGCAGGGAUACAAUGGAAGUCAACUAUGGGAUGCUGCAUUUGCUGUCCAAGCAAUUAUUUCAUCUAACCUCAUUGAAGAAUAUGGCCAAACUAUUAAAAAAGCUCAUUCGUUUAUUAAGAAAUCACAGGUUUUAGAAGAUUGUCCAGGUGAUCUUAAUUAUUGGUACCGUCACAUUUCCAAAGGUGCUUGGCCUUUUUCAACUAGAGAUCAUGGAUGGCCAAUAUCUGACUGCACAUCUGAAGGACUAAAAGCUGCUCUAUUACUUUCCAAAAUUUCACCAAAGAUUGCUGGUGAGCCAAUCGAAGCAGAGAGGCUAUAUGAUGCUGUUAAUAUCGUGCUCUCAUUGCAGAAUAACGAUGGUGGCUUUGCAACAUAUGAACUCACACGAUCAUAUAGAUGGUUGGAGAUAAUAAAUCCAGCAGAAACUUUUGGCGAUAUAGUUAUUGAUUAUUGUUAUGUGGAAUGUACAUCAGCCUCUCUGCAAGCAUUGGCAUCAUUUCGGAAAUUAUAUCCCAUGCAUCGCUCAGAAGAAAUAAGCCGCUGUAUUAAAAAAGCCACUGCAUAUAUUGAAAGCGUUCAAGCUUUGGAUGGUUCAUGGUAUGGUUCAUGGGGAGUUUGCUUCACCUAUGCCACAUGGUUUGGGAUAAAUGGGUUGAUUGCUGCUGGAAAGAGUUACAGUGAUUCCGCAGCCAUCCGUAAAGCUUGUGAAUUUCUGCUGUCUAAGCAGCUUUCAAAUGGUGGCUGGGGAGAGAGUUAUUUGUCUUGUCAAAACAAGGUGUAUUCAAAUCUUGAAAACAACAGGGCUCAUCUCGUAAACACAUCGUGGGCCUUGCUGGCUCUCAUUGCUGCUGGACAGGCCAAAAGAGAUUCAAAACCAUUGCACCGUGCAGCCGCAUAUCUGAUAAAUUCCCAGAUGGACAAUGGUGACUAUCCACAAGAGGAAAUCAUGGGGGUGUUCAACAGGAAUUGCAUGAUCACUUAUGCUGCGUACAGAAACAUAUUCCCUAUCUGGGCAUUGGGCGAAUACCGAUGUAAUGUGUUGCAGGCUCGUUAAUCUUUCUCCAUUUGGAUGCUGUCUGAAUUGUUUCAGUUUUAGAUCUUACUUGUUUCCAUUAUUCCUUUAUUGAAUACUUCAUGACUAAAUUAGUUUGGUAGUGAGCUAAACAAAGAGCUGACUUGUGGAAUAUUGCAAUGUUAAAUAAAUAGAGUAAACUAAAUAUAGGAUAAGAACAUUUUGUCAGAGUUCAGAAUCUAAUUUCACUUUUUGUCUA